AUGGCGUACAAGGUUCCAUUCGUGGCUAUUGCCUUAUUGUUUCCCUUCAGGAGGAUAUUCAGAUCACCGCGACCGACCAGAAUAAUAUAAAUAGUUUUGCGAAAUGGAACAUUAAACUUAAAGAAUAUGAGGCCGAACUCGAGAACAAGAAAGUACGCGUCAUUUGUCCAUUGCAACUUUCAAGAAAACGUUAUCAAACCUGGUAGAUUUGGAAGAUGAACUAGUCGUGUCGGAUGCCGAUAUUCACCCGUAUCCUUUUGCUAUCGGGUUUUUUGGUAGAUGUUCGGUUCUGUGCAGGCCAUGCCUUCUUUCUUUAACCAGAAAAGGGCCCAUGAUUUUCGUUGCUGCGACACAGCGCUCGAGGCAUAACUGCAUUGUUAGGGCACUUUUCCUUCAUUUACCUUCUAUGGUUUUUGUUAGUAUAAUUCUACUUAACGCUUGAUCUCUUCGGAAUGCGAUUCGAAUGGACUGCUAAUCGAAGUAGAUCACCGAGCUUGAAGCUAGCAUUUGAGCAAAUGCUGUUCGAAUGGCCUUGGUCAAUCCCACACAUGAUACUUCACAUAGUCCGAGCCCAAUGCACGAGGAAUUUAAAGUUAGCUGGGAUGUGUUCCUCCAGACAAACCCGCACUCCCCAUACUCACCUGCUUGCCCAUUGCAUCGUUGUCUGUGACUUUUUGAUACAGGACUUUUGUGACUGAAAGAGUCGAAGGUGGUAGUUUAUUUUCCGAAAUCAAAUGCAUGUGUCUUCAUGUGUCUUACUGUAAAAGAUAGAAGGCAAGUAUUUAAUUGUCUGCUGACAUCACUCAAAUAGCACUCUUCGACAAGUGCUCGGUACACCACUCGGCAGGUCGCAGGCUCUCACACUAACCAAUUUGCAUCCUCAGGAAAACACUCGAAGGUGAAAAGCAGGACAAGCGUGCCAAAUUGCGCUGAUUAUGUUACUCUUCCACAGAGAAACGGCCUUAGACCCGAUCUCUGACAUUACUCUGACGGUGGAAAUAUUCCUUGCCAUGCCGAGUGUUUUCUAGCGCUUAUUAGAGCUGAUCAGAACUCGCCUAGUCCUUCUUCAGUUGCAUUUUAUCAUCCCUUUACCACCGUUUUGUGCACUAAUCGUUAUCCCUAUCCGAGUCGCGUUAAUUUUUCUCGAAAAUUUCGCAUUCUUUGACGUGCGUUUGGUUAUAUCAUCACCCGCCACUGUCUACCCAAUUGCCCUGGUUAUGCUUGUUCUUCUUAGACUACCGCCCAUAAGUGGAACCGUAGAGAAAUAUAGUGAGUGGGACAUCUUGAAUGCGCCUGUUUAAAUUCGCAUCUUACGGAGUCAAUCAUUUAUCUAGGUCUUAGAUCAUGGUCGCUUUUGGGUUAUUAGCAGCUUCUUGCUUAACAUCGCUGGGGGUUGGUUGUUUUUUUUCACGCAUUGUUAGACCAUAAGCACCAUAGCCAACCAUUUCGGUUCCGUUAAAAUCGAGGGGGAAAUUAAUGCACCCUACUCCUCAUGGGUAAGGAAUUCACCACAGUAGCAGAAGGGUAAGUACAUAACUAUGGGUGGUUACUGUACAGUUGCACCGCUCGUGCGUUACCAAAGUUAGGGUAUAUUCAAGUAUGCGGGCAUGUUUGUGUCAGUGUCCAGAAACCGAACGAUCGAUUCGCUGACAUGUGAUUGCCCUGGGUCGUCUGGCUGUGCUAAUGCAUCUCUACUGCAUUCGACUAAGGCGGUGAUCUAGUAGGUCUUGGCGUGGCGAAUUGGUGGUGGGAGACUUGUAGUUGAUGUAAAAGUGGAUAAGGGUCGUGUGCUUUCUGUUAAUUCCGAUUGCCAUGAACCUGUGUAAGGUUUUGGCUGGCUUUUACGACCGGCCUCAGGUAGGCGGUUGUUAGUUGCAGUUUAUCGGAAAAUAUAGUAAAAACCACUUAAUAACUGAUCUUUCAUGACAUUCCCUACAAUUUGACAUUUCCCUGUUAAGUGCGCGCGCACUGCUGGCGGUAUUCUAGGACCUUGACGUGCGUUUUCCGGCAUUUCUACUUUCUGUUUGACUGGGCGCCCCCUCCCGGGCCGCCCGUCACCCAGCCAAAUAUUGUGUUUUCAUUUGAACCGUCAAAAGAGCUAAUCUAUUCUUCCUUUUUCUGGUUAGGAGUUGAUUUUGGAACUAGCAUGCUUUUGACGAUUGAGUGCCUUCGCGGUGAUGACCCCUUGUAGUCCUACUUAAUGGGAUGAACCUUAUGCUUUCUAUUUAUCAUCUGCCGUAUGGACUAUCUCUGUUCGCCAGGCUCUUUCUUAUGUUCUGCACGUUCUUUUGCACUAACUUUUGGAUGACUUUGUUGUGUACGUUGCGACGUUUUGUCUUAACUAAUCUGUAGAUAUAAAGUAGGCGAGUCAUUUUUCCAUAUCUCGACGGAUGAAACCAAUGCAAAAGUAGAGUCCGCGAAACAGGCCAUCAAGGAGAGAAUCGUGACGCUGGAGUCCGAGCUCGCAGUAUGCAGAUCAACCAUGGCCACUCUGAAGAAAGAGCUCUAUUUGAAAUUCGGUGACAAUAUAAACCUAGAGGACUAGACCUUUACUUUUCUGGUAAUGCCGAGGCACGGUCACCAAAAAUGCAGUAGACAUCAUAUAUCGCGGAUGUUUUCCACACUCCAGCUUCUUUCAAGUUACUGCUGAAUGUAAUUCCAUCCUCAUUGCCGAACGCCCUCAGUAGCCAGAAGCGUCAUAGAAGUUCGCUGGCUGGUAAGGCUUUCCACACUAUAUCCGAGGCGUGGUGUGUGAGUUAAUCGAGGGCGGGUAGUCAUUUUGAUCUAUUGACAGCAGCACCAAAUAUCUAGCUGCAGGAGUUAUUCCCGCUCUGGUGCUCAACUUUGUUUUGUGGCUCCACAGCUCAGCGACCAUGCUAGGUAACUGCUUCGAUUAGCUGGCGAAAUGAACCGAGUAUUAGCCGGUGUCCGCCCAUCCCGCAAAACUGCGUAAUUUUGUCCAGUCAGUAGGAAGGGACCGAUCGUGCCGUGAUACGCCUAGGUGAAGACUUGAUAUCAAAUCGCCCAUUGGGAACAACUGGUCUUAGAAUCGUCUUGCCCUAGUCCUCGCACCUGAACAUUAUGCAUGUAGUUGGGCUGGUUGGUGCACGCGUCUUCUAAGGCCCCUCAGGCCAGUGGUUAUUGUAUUUCCCCGACAAACUGGCGAGCAUGAAUUUGAAUCCAUCUACUGUUAUCAGGUAGCUUCGUCUAGGCUGUGAACGUUCGGAUACAUGAUCGCUAUUGCAGGCAUCUGGUCAUUUCUCAAAAUGCAAGAAAUAGAAAUCUGGAUUGAGCUCGCUCACUGGGAGUUGUACUGCUGACGGAAAGUUCCAUUGUGUCGCCAGAAUUACAUUUUUAGCUUAGGAAAACCUUUAGCUGUCUACGUUACCGGGUUGAUACGUUUACUGUCGAUUGUCCAUUUCUGUUCGAGCACGCAAGGCGCAAACUAAUCGAGUACCAUGGUCGUAUUUGGCAUACAGGGUCUUUCGAAAUUUUUUGGCAAAUCCUUUAAACGCUGUAGAUCUGCAUAAGUUAAUACAUCUUAACGAGCCAGAUUAAAUAGUCCAGGCAGUUGGAAUUCGGAGAACAGGGUGGCCGCGUUUGCAGUUCGAGGUUUACUUUAUUUGACGAUCACUUCUUGACUGUUUUGGCGGUGUGAGGGGAUGCCUCGUCCUGCGAUAAGGUCGCCCCUGACAGGUCCGGAGAGCCCCGUCAAAUUGGUGGGAGAGUGUGUUGCUCUUCAUUCUGACCUCGUAGCUUCCGUCCUGUAUCCUCAUUCCAGGGAGCUGGGCGGCAUUUCGAGUCUGCCCGUCCGGAUGCCAUUGGUCGAAAUAAGUGUUUAUCUGGAACGUCAUCGCGAUGUACCUGUCAGUCUCCCUCUCGCGACUUGAUCGUCGGCGAAAGACUAAUCGCCCGGGAAGAGGAUGCCAUGUCUUUCGUUUUAGCCUGAGAUGUCGGAGACGAUAAGGGCCCUCCCAUCCACGAACUGUUCCCAAGUCUCCUUGAAGACGCCCUAACCGAACGCUUGCUAACCUUAAGUUUAUUGGCCUGCGCUAUAUGAUCCAGGAUGAGUUCUUAAGUCUGGCAUUGACCUUGGGUUCGGUGGUGACUGUUGGGUUUUGCCUGCGCCUGACUUUUUACCUGGUAAUUUUCACAUUGAUUACUGGCGAGACUGGAGAAUGCUGACAAACCCCCUCUGACUGGGCGCGGCCCGCACAGUUUGAUUACUUACAGGUAGGGAAGUUCGGACAUUCCUGCAUGGCGGUCGCGCAAAUACUGGGUUUCUGAAAACUGCCUUUACGAAUCAUUUCGGGUCGUUGGUACGGCGUCGAUUUCCGGGUGCUGUAUUUUUACUCGAAUUGAUUCCUUAUGUACACGACAGCCUUAGGAAUAUAGCUUUCUGUUUAGGAAUGCUGAAAACUCUGUCCUCCCCAAAAUAGGAGGCUGUUUUUAAAAACGCCGAUUUGUCUACAGGCUGAUGUCUUGCAAACCACGAGUUGUGAAACGAAGUAGAGCACAAAUGAUGGCCAUUGGGCUCGUUCAUGCCUGUAGACGCCUGAGUGUCACCGCUUAAGUCACUUUGGGAGGGCAGCCUGUAUGUUGGACAGAGAGGGGGACUUCCCGCUAGCCGACAAAGUAGGAGCUUAUCCUACAAAGUCAGUCGAACAAAUCUGACACGAUUCGACAAUUUAUCAACCACCUGCGCCUCGUGCGUGAAUUUUAUUUGUCAAAGUGGCUUUCGGCGCAUCUGCCUCACUUCGCUCGCUUUACUUAACCGACAGAUUGCAUGUAGCUUCAGGAACUACGAGAGUAAACGUACUCGACCAGCUACUCGAGGGAUUGGGAGGGAUGAUACCAUCAGGUGUUCCUUCUGUGCAGAAGCCCGAUGGCGAUCUGAGCCCUGUGUGCGUGACCAUUUCCAGACCUUCCCACGCUCCUCUGACCAGGUUUGAGGUGGGCACGGAUAUAUAAGCACCUGCCCCAUGUGAGGUUCAGAGUUCCUAUGGCAGGUAGUUCGAAGGUUCCCUUGGCGUGUGAAUGCCUUUGGUCAACCGUCCUCAAGUUAUAUUCCCACGUUUCAUCCAUAUGGAAGAGAUUCCCGGUGAAUUGUGUGUGUGUUAGGGGGCGGAAUGUCUAUAGGCGCUUGAGGGGCCUGGUUCUUCUCGGCUAUCGGCCGGAACAAGCCCAUCUACCGUUUUUCCAAAAUGUCUGCUCAUGGUGUAUAUUGUCUAAGUAGUGCGUACACUCCAUUGCUUUAUCAUGGGUCGCUGCAAAUUUACUGUUCGUGCAGGACACCUUAUGAAUGCCGAUGGUUUGUUAUUCAAUGGCCGGUGCAGUAAAUUGCACCUGUGGGAAUUAUUCCUAUGUCUAAUGUUUGAUGUUCAAGAAAUGGGCACCGAAAGUAAACGAAGCCAGGUGAUAUAAUUAAAUCUGACCAUAACAUCCAAUUCGUCCAUACGUAAUUAUAAUGACCACUCUGUGCCACUUGGUUUCGUCUAAACAGAAGAGCAACUGCUUCCAAUCACUUUCCUACAAAGCAGUGGUGCCAAGCUGCAGCGUCGGUUGGUGAAAAGUAGUUCCCAAAUGCUGAAAUGCUAUUUUGAGGGCUUGCGUACCAACAUACAGAGGCAAUGAAGACGAGAUAUUUUGCGUAAUUCGGAAAAGAACUCAAGUCGCAGGAUUGUCCAACCUCUAGCAAGAAAUGCCACAUUCAGAAUCUGAGUGAUUGCUGUCGAGUCUGCGAUUGCCAUGAUGCCCCUGAACCAGCCGGACAUAUCAUCUGGCACGAGGACUCGUAGAAUUCAAGAUUUGUUACGAGACUAUGAUCGGCACCGAGGCAUUUCCUGAAAGCAGAAAACUAGCCUGACAAGUCAACGGAGACAAUGAGUUGUGUGCGUUCAUGUGACAUACCGGAAACGGGUUGACCAAACACCCCUCUUCUCCUGCAAACUAGAAAAACUGAUGUCAGAAAAUGACGUUUUAAGGCUGCUGAAUCAACAAGGAUCUGCCACUCGCAUUCCGGUUCUGGAUGCGCAUGCGUAGAGCUCUGGUGCCAAAGGCUCUGUACCAAUCACCUCAGAAUGUGCACGACAUAAACCAACGUCGUAAACUGCAUCAGGUUAAGUGCUCUACGUCGCAUUUUGGUUUGCGUUUUGGUGAGUGAAUUCGGAUCACUAGCGCCUGUGAUGACACUAAAGAAGUUGCUGAUUUUAGGGAGGAGGAGUACAUGCAAGCGUUAUCCCCCCCCUUCCCCCCAGGACCUGAAACCGUCUUGUCCUCCCAGGGCAAUAUGUAGUUGCCUCAAUUGACCCUACUGAAUGACCUUUCCGGCGAUUUUGAUCCCUUGGACUUGAGUCUGCAAGAUGCAUAAGGAAACAUAUCCACAUUCACAGGCAAACUGAAGGCAUCUAAGGGGAUGUAGGGCAUCGUGUGGACGAUAUAGAUUUGAGCCUGACACGUGACAGCUUGACCCUUCUUUUCAGCGGUGUCUGCCGUGUGUCUCCCAGCAGGGCGGACACAGGGACGGUGAGUUUCACGUGAAUUAGUUUAUGGUGGGAGCGGACUUGCGAUGCAUCUACGCACCCCCUUCUCCCACCUGGGCCCGGUGUCAUGGCAGCGCCAAAAAGCUGGGGGCGAGAGAGGGAACAGAUGACUAGCGCGGCGUGAACCCGUACCUAGGGGUGCCGCCACUCCCUGGUCUGCGCAUAAAUGACCGGGAUUUCGCACAGCAAGAAGGGGGCCGACUCGGACGUUAAUCUCACAUAUAUGGCGGGAUAGUAGCAGAUUUUGCCUCUCGGCCUUUGCCUGUCACCUCGUAGCAUGGAAAACGACUGAUAGGCCCGCGGCACUCUGGAUCUGUCCACCAAAUGGACAAAAUUGAAAAGACUGAUCAAGAUUAUCGAACCCUUUCUAACGAGAUGCAUGGUUACUUCCCCAUAACGAAAACUAAUGGGGCAGACGAUCGCGAAAAAGUUCCCUAUUAUGUCGUCGUUUUUCAGGAAGGACAGCAAGUCAAACAUGCCCAAGUGGCAGUUGUACCGUUCAAAGACCUUGUGGUAGGCACAUCACGCACUUAUAAAUUCUACGAAAGUCGUUCAAGGGAUGAGUGGCCUAAGCAUUUUAACUCAUGUCGCGUUUAUGAAUCUACAUGUACUCCUGGAAGGGUCAGUCUACGAUGACUCUUCUUCAUCGUGGCUUUUUGGGAUUCUCACUGAUGUGAGGUCCGCAUUGUCUUUACCGUAGUCUAGUUUACGUGGUCAGAUCAGCUCAUGUGUGGCGGGUGUCGAUGGACUGAUAAGCCUUGUUAGUCAUUGCGCUAUCUGGUCGUCGCAACAUUGUCUUGCCGUAGGUGCAAAGUUGGUAGGGGAGGAGCGCACAAGUCUAAUUCACAAGCAGGUCACCGAUGCUGAGCCUACUCCGUGAGCCAAGCCCUGGACGUCGCCGCUUACGACGGCAAGGCUGUCUCUUCUGAGUGCAAGUGCAUCAGACGAACAUAAAGGCAUGUGACAACCAGGUCAUUUGGGAAGUUUUUUGUGUGGCUGCUCAGGCCAAGAAGCAAAAUCCCCAUGCUUCUUUAAUGGGGCACCCGUUAGGUAUUGAAAACAGAUCCAACCCUCAUUCCGGAGCCCGUACCCGAUCUUGCGCACUGUCUCCAGUUUCGGCAUCUUUACUCAGCCAGUCACUGUAUUUAUCACAGCACCCAUCAGAGACUUCUCUUCCGUGUCCCUAACGGUGUUGCGCGUUAGAACGUCGACCAACCACACAUUCAGAUCAGAUUUAUUGAGGGAAAGGUAGGCGAGCGCCCUUGAACUCCCUUUUGGUUACAAUAACAUCAUAAAAAACAAUGUGUAAGGCAAGUGUCGAAGAAAAUUAGGUAGUGAAUCACAUAUAACAAGCUUUGGUUACUGGUAUAAAUUAGUCUGUGAAUGCCUUCCAUGUCAAAAUUAUACAAUAGCCAGUACGCGGUACUGUAUGAACCAGGUAAUAUCGAAGCAAACGUAUAUGCUUCGGUCAGGAGAUAACGAAAAGUUUAGGACGUAGCAUGCUUUGUGACGUACAACUUUGGGGGCGGAUGGCACAGGGGAAAAUUUGUCAGUUUCUGAUUCCGUGGAGAUACAUAUCCCUGUACUGGUCAAGCUUCCUCUUAAAUGUGUCCACGGAUGAGGACAUGACGACGUCCACAGGCAGGGCAUUCCAUUCUGUGGCUGAAGAAGGACUUCCUUGCGCCCCGUCUCGCCCCUGUCACACGUAGUUUCAGAGGAUGUCCUCUCAAGCUAGUAGUGGUGGCCAGCUCAAAGAAGUCGCCGGAUGCGAGGCAGCAAUCCUGACCCCGUAGCAUUCGAAACGUUUGAAUUAAGUCGCCACACAGUUGUCUGUAGUUUAGGGGAAAGAGGUCAAGAUUGGGCAGUCUAGUUUUGUAGGGUAGGUUUGUAUCACUUCUGACAAGCUUGGUUGUCCGUCGUUGGACGUUUUCGAGGGUGGUUCGAUCUUUGACAGACCAGGGUCUCCAGGCCUGAAUGGCAAAUUCUAACUGUGGACGCACAAACAUCCCGACGACUUUGCGAAAUCACACUUCGUCGAACUUCUCAAAUGCCCGCUUAAUGAGAUAUAAGCUGGACAUUGCGUAUUUCACUGCUUACAAACAGUGGAACGAUGGCUUUAAUGAAGAUGUUAUCCACACACCUAGAUCCUUCUGAACCUCUACCACUGGCAGCGGUGUGUGAUUUAGAUAGCACGUCUUCCGAUGCGCAGAGCUGGUUCUGCCAAUUCUUAGAAUGUCGCAUUUGGUAACAUGAAAUGGGAGGAGCCAGUGGCCUAACCAUUGUUCGAGUCGGUCCAAGUUUGCCUGUAGAUUUGCUUCAUCGUCCUCGUUGCGGGUGACGGUCCGAAGCUUUAUAUCGUCAGCAAACAUGACAGUGCCGCAGUUCAACCCAUGGAUGCAGUCAUCAAUAUAGAUGAGGAGGAGGAUAGGGCCAAGAACGGGGCUCUGAGGUACUCCGCUCGCAACCAUCACCUCUGCCGAUUGCUGGCCACCAAGACGGACAGUCUGAGACCUUAG